GAAUUCACAUGUAGACACGUCGUCUCGGCCCCAGGCCAGAGCUAUUCAUCAGAAACUGGUGCCAGGCUUCUUUUCAAAGUAUUUGCCUGCGAACAUGAGAGUGGAUGUGCUGAACGGGGGGCGUGCUGCACAGCGAGGCAUGAAAACCACGCGCCGGGCCACGGAGACACACAGCACGAGGGAUUUACGCAGGGCGGCACUCUUCAUUCUGGUGGAUUUUGUAUUUUGUUUUUUAGUUUUCUGCUGAAAGCAGUGAUGUUUCCGCUCAGGUCUCUCUUCUCCAUCGGGCUGUUUCUGGUUCUCCUGAAGCUCAGACCCUUCCGGGCUUCUGGCGCCGAGCAGCCCGGCGUCGCGCAGCAGGUCGGCGGAGGGACAUUCGUCACCAGCGACAGGACGCGGUGCGCGUGGCGCGCGGGAGAAGCGGGGGAAGCGGUGAAGGUCUGGGUGAACUGCGAGAGGAAGGGCGGCGUCAGCAAGACCAGCUGCGAGUACCUCGGUAGACCUCGGAGCUGUCCGGGUUACAACUCCGACCCCAAAGUCUUCUGGAAACAAGUGGCGCGCGCCUUCAAGAAGAUGCGGGAUAAGGUGUGCGUGGACAGCCGCGCGCUGGUGAAAGCCGGCAUGUGUAAGCACGCGCCCAGAGAUGCGAACCUCAGACUGGAUCGGAACAGCGUGAAAAGAAGCACCGCUGCUCCCACCACGCAGCUGCCGCCGCCGGUCCAGGCCACGAGCGCGACGUGCGUAAAGCGCGCGGAUCAGCGGAGAACAGCGGAGGAGUUCUGCAGCUCCUGGGCCAGCGUGUGCGCGUUCUUCAUGUCCAUGCUGCAGAGCGAGGACUGCUAGCAGGACAGACCUGAGGACGACACAUCAUUCAUUCAUUCAUUCAUUCAUUCACAUCUCUAUCUAGUGUCUUGAAUCCAGUUGGAAUUCCUUUUCUUAAACUGAAGUGUAUUCAGUGUCACAAUGAAAAAUAGGAUUUUUUUUAUACCAGCUUUAAAAAAAAUGUUACAGCAAAUUGUAACAGUUGUGCUCAAGGUAUAAUUCUGAUUUCAGAAUUAUUCAAAUCUGAAUUAGCUUGAGCAAAACUAAUACAAAUUACAGUGAUUUUUUUAGAAGUCGGUUUUGUUUUUCACGUGAGUUUUGUUUCUUUUCAUUCCAAGUCACAUUUUCUCUCCAUAUGGGGCCUUGCAAUAACAUCCGUAUCUGUCUGCAUUAUGAUUUUUUUAUCAGGACUUUACAUGAUACACCAACACAAGUAAUAAUUGUGAAGUAGAAGGAUAUCAGUUUGUUUUCUUUUACUUGUAAACUCUGAUAAGUGUGGCAUACACAUAUAUUCAGCCCUCCUGAGUUGCAGCUUCAAACCUUUGCACAGUUAGAAACAUUUCUGCUCGUUCUUGUUUGGAAAAUAAUAGACUGAAAAAAGAAAACAGAUGACAACUGGUCAGAAGUAAUCAAGGAAAGUUUAUCUAAGUAAAUUAUGACAUUUAUUCAUGUGAAACAAAUGCAAAUAAAGUAAGUCUGACAAGCUUAACACAAUGACAUGUGACAAAAUAACACGUAUUGUUUUUAAGUUGGAACUCUGUUCUCUUUUCCAGUGUGCUUUGAUAGAUUUUAUUUAGGGGAAUGAGAGUAAAAUGGUCUGUUUACUGAAUGCAAGCCACAUGUUUCAUAUUCUUAUAUAUAACGUACGUCUUCUUCUUUGUAGUUCUGCCAUACUGUGUCGGUCAGAUACAUAAAAUCCAAAUAAAAUCUUACGAUCCUGUGGUUGUAACAAGGCAAAAUGCAAAAAAUAGUGAAACGUUAAGAAUUAUUUAGCAAGGUAUUGCAAAAUAUUAGACUUAAACUGGUACGACCUUUUACAGUUAACAUUAUAUAAUGUAAUGCUUCUAUGCUGUUUCAAAUUGUAUUUUUUAAUAAACUACUUAAAAUGGUAUUGUUUUCUGGAUGGAAUUUCAUUGUGAUCUGGACACAUGGUUUAAAAUGAUAUUUAAGUCUUCAGCAGGUCUGAACAAAAGGUUUUUAAGGACCUUGUCU